UACUUUUUAAGAGAAAGUGUGAGAAUAACUUGCUUAGAGGCCUGGAACCUAAUAUCCCAAUCUAAAAAUAGCACAAAGGGGCAUUUGUCAGGUUGGGUCCACAUCUAUCUUUCUCAGCGUAUUAAACUGCCCUUAUCUACCACAUUUCAUGUUAUUAUUACUAUUUAAGAGAAAGUGUGAGAAUAACUUGCUUAGAGGCCUGGAACCUACUAUCCCAAUCUAAAAAUAGGAAAAGGGGGCAUUUGUCAGGUUGGGUCCAAAUCCUAUCUUUCUCAGCGUAUCAAGCUGCCCAUAUCCACCAAGUUUCAAGCUGGCAUCACAUUUUGCACAAUUGGGCUAUGUUUGUAUGCUAAGAGCCCUAACUAUUCUCACGCGAUAAAAAUAAUUAUACUUUGUGGGUCUGGUGAAGCUUUGUAUUCCUUGACAAUAUCUUUACCGCUUAGUUUCACAUGAUCUGGUGUUUUCGAUAUGUAUUAAAUUAUUUUCUGUUGUAUCACUCGACAAUUGUGAAAUAUACUUGAACAUCCUGGAGACGGAGGGACUUGAAAGCAGAAAGUCAUAAAUGUUUCACUGAACAGUGUACACGUAUAUCAGAGUCUUUAGAGGGCUAUGGAAAACAAGCAAGUCGACAUAAGUUUGAAACUAGAAAGGAUUGGUUUUGGAAAAUUCCAAAUUGUUGCUCUAGCGAUUUUGUGCCUGAGAUACUUUUCGUAUUCAUCCACAACAAGUCUUGUCGCAAUUUUGGAGCCGUAUCUUCGAUGCCAUUGGAGCCUUAGUUACAUUAACGCAGCAUGGAUUGUUCUACCAGAAGCCAUUACGAAGAUUAUAGGAUCGAUUUUGCUUGGUAAAUUGUCAGAUAUAUAUGGUCGACGUAAGAUUUUGAUUCUGGCUUCUGUUGCGAAUUCGUAUUUGGCCUUACUUUAUUCGUUGUCGUCAAGUGUCUUAUUGUUGUCUAUAAUUCGCGGAUUUAUCGGUCUUGUGUCCUCAAGCACUUUAAUUAUUUUUACAUAUACAAUGGAAAUUUUGCCACUAUCUGGACGUAAGUUUAUGUCACUGUUUGAACUCGCGUUUUGCCUUGGAUGUGGAUAUGGGAUUGUAGUUGCUGGCGUUACAUUAAAGUAUCUAAACUGGAGAUGGUUUGAUACUUUUGCAGAAACAAUACCAAUUGCGUUGUCAACAUUUCUAGUCUUUUACUUGCCAGAAUCCCCCAGAUAUCUUUCAGCUGCAGGAAAACGUGAAGAAGCCGAAAAGUCUCUAGAAAGGAUAGCUGAAAUGAACGGGUGUGAAAAAGGAUAUGUUCCAUUGGAAGAAGCCUGUGCCGAAGCUGAAUACCAAGAAGAAGGGGAAAAGAGAAAACUUGAAUCUGAAUGCAAACUUUCAAGGAGAGAAUUAGCAGAAAGAAUAGCUUUGCUUUCACUUUUGAAGUUUUACGGAGAUGUUGUCUCUGGAACAAUGCGUUAUGGAUCAAUGCAGUUUGGUGAAAAUUCUGAUGUUUUGGGAUGUGGAAAAUGUUUUCAAAAUCUAACGUACAAAUACCGUUGGUCUGUGGAAACAGCUGUUUUAUUGUCCGUUUUCACGCUUUAUUGGUUUUUGAACAAUUUAACAAGAAAGCUUACUUUGAAGAUUUUGGUUGUUUACCUUGCUGUUUGCCUUGUACCAUUUUACUGGCCUCUGCGUGGCUGGCCGCUGCUUAUGGCACUAGCAUUCACAGUUCUUGGUUCUUCGACACUUAAUAAUGUUUUGUUAGUUUACAGAGCUGAACUCAUUCCUACAUCCUCUAGGACGUUUGGAUGCGGCUUAUCAGACGCUUUUGGUCAUUUUGGCUUUAUGUUUGGUCAAAUCAUCGCACUUUACCUGUAUCAUGUCAGUAUUCCUCUGUCUUUUGGCCUUGUGCAUGGCCUCACAGUAUUGUGCUUUGUUGCUGUGUUUACAGCCCUCAUAGAGACAAAGUAUGAUUUCUUAACGUGACAACGUACAUAUUUUACUUCUUUCAAUGUCGUUUCUACCAAAUACUCAGUCAGCUAAAAAAAUUGAUUCCCAAUCGGAGGCCUGAGAUUCCCAAUGUUUAGUCUUGCAUGCAUCGCCGUGCAUUUAAUAGAUCUUUGACUCUCAAGUUUAACGUCUCUUCCAUGAAAGACCGGGGCUGCGUUCAUAACUGUUCUGGCCUUGGGCCAAGGGUUAACGGAUACCCCAUUUAGAAAUAGUUUCUACCAUCAAGACAUGAACUCAAGGAAGUUGUAAAAGUUGAAAACUGCGUAGAGCACUACGUGGAAAACGUUUCAACUAUUGUGAUCAAGGAACAUGAUGUUCAAUUAAUCAAACUGAAGCAAAAUGGCAAAGUUAUUGAUGGAUUUUUUUAAAAUUUUAGAUUCGUUGAUUUGACUACAAUAACUUAUAACUGUGCACUCUCGUUGUUUUCUGUUUGGGAACUUGAAGCUAUAACGUGACAUCUUUUAGUCAGCUAAAAAGAAAUUGAUCAAUAAACUUGAGAUCCAAACUUGUAAUAGAGCAUUGCGUAGCAGUAGUGAGAUCCGUGUACGACCUUUAAUGAUCCCAAGUACUUUUCAAGAUGCCGUUGCAAGUAGCUACAACGCUCUUCCUAGUUAUAUCAAACAACAGACUAAUUAAAACAAGUUUUGCGCUACUGUUCACACAUUCUUGAUGAAGAAAGCGAAUGAGUCACAGAACUAAAACCUUUUCAACUUAUUUAAUUUGACUGUAGCUAUAAUAUCAUUUUGGUUUCACGUAUUUACUUUAAGUUGUAACAUGGAUUUAAUAUUUAGACAAUUUGGAUAUGCUCAUUUAUGCCAUAUGAUAAUAUUCAUAUCUUCAGGCAUUUUAUUCUAGUUAAAUUAUAGUAUUUUGAAAUUCACUUCUGUCCAGAAUUUUUUCGGUGCCCUUUUCGUUAAAGGAUUUCAAUGGACCCCUAUUGGUUACUGUGACAUCGUGAAAACGCCAUAAAAUUUGCUUGCCAUACUGCUCGACCUAAUGCAGGAACGAACAAAUGAUGGUGUGAAUUAGGUAGCAAAGAUUCAGACACUGAGGUUUAGGAUUAGGUUGAACUUACCACAAUC